ACGUCAUUGAGGGAAGAGUUGUAAUACUGAUACUGUGAUUGGCACCGUGCCGGCAAUCUGCGGGCUAGACCCGCGGGUCCUCGUUAUCAGCGGGGCACUAAAACCGCCACCAUGGGAGAGCCGAUGUCGCAUGAGACGCAUGCCAUUUCAAAGCAAAUCAAAGUCACCCCAAAUUUGUGCAUCUCCGGAGCAAACCACCACAUAAUCUCCCCGCGGAGCUUCCACUCUUAUCCCUCUCCGUCCACAUCAGGUUUUCACAUGAAGACUCCCCAGAACCCGCCCACUUCUCGGUUGGAAUAACCAUCUCAAAAAUCCCCUGUGCCGCGGGGUUCGGCCCGGCGCAACUUCUCCUCAAACCCCCAUCACUCCACGCGGCCGCCGCGCCGAACUCAGUCACAACCUGCCUACCAUGUCCGCAAUCCUCUCCGCCGACGACCUCAACGACUUCAUCAGCCCCGGCGUAGCCUGCAUCAAGCCGAUCGAGACCCUCCCGACCGCCCCGCCGUCCUCGGAACCCCAAUCCCUCGAGCACGAAGUCAUACUCGACGGCCAGCAGCCACAGCAAGCUCAAGCCGGCGGCGGCCCAGCCAAGAUCUCCCUCACCGACUGCCUCGCCUGCUCGGGCUGCGUCACCUCCGCCGAGGCGGUGUUGGUCAGCCUGCAGAGCCACAACGAAGUGCUCAGCGUGCUGGACGCGGCGCCGGCGCUGCGGCUCACACAAGACCGCCACCGCGAUGGGGCAUACUCCGUCUCCGGCCUGGAGGACCCGGCCGCCAAGCUGUUCGUCGCGAGCGUCUCGCCGCAGACGCGCGCCGGCCUGGCGGCCGCGUGCGGAGGCGGCGUGACGGCGCAGCAGGCCGGGCGGAUGAUCGAGGCGCUGCUGCUGCAGGGCGAGGCGGGGCUGGCGGCGGGCGGGAAGCACGGGAACGGGUUUACGUGGGUGGUCGACACCAACGCGGCGCGGGAGGCCUGUCUCGUGCUGGGGUCGGACGAGGUGCUCGGCGAGGAUGGGGCCGGCGGGGACAGGCCGACGGCGCCUGUGCUGACCUCGUCGUGCCCCGGGUGGGUGUGCUACGCGGAGAAAACGCAUCCGUACGUGCUGCCGCACCUGUCGCGCGUCAAGUCGCCGCAGGCGCUGAUGGGCACGCUGCUGAAGACCACGCUCAGCCGGGUGUUGGGGAUCGCGCCGGACAGGAUAUGGCAUCUCGCAGUGAUGCCGUGUUUCGAUAAGAAGCUGGAGGCGAGUCGGGAAGAGCUGACUGAUGCUGUGUGGGGAGGCGAGGGCAAGCAUGGCAAGGGAGUCCGGGACGUGGACUGCGUCAUCACGACCAAGGAGAUCCUUAUGCUGGCCGAGUCGAGGGGGAUAGAUUUCUUCGGCCUGUCUAAGUCGGCAUCCAAGCAGCAACCUGCGUUUCCCGAUCCCGUCAUCCACAAGUUCUUAUUCCCCCCACAACCACGCACACAACGGCGGGAUGCGGGCACGUCCGGCGGCAACUUGCAUUUCAUCUUGCACGACGUCCAGUCGAGACAUCCCGGGUCCCGUAUCGAGAUGACGCGCGGCAGAAAUGCCGACGUCGUCGACUACGCCGUCGUUAACCCGUCCGGCGAGACCGUCUUCAAGGCGGCGCGCUACUACGGUUUCCGCAACAUCCAGAACCUUGUCCGGAAGCUAAAGCCGGCGAGGCCCUCCCGCAUGCCUGGCGGGAGGCCGGUCGGUGGUGCAAGACGGCCUGGCGGCAAAUCGGCAGGCUUGGAAUACGCUUAUGUCGAAGUCAUGGCCUGUCCCGGCGGCUGCACCAACGGAGGCGGGCAAAUCAAGGUUGACGAUCCGGUCAUCGUCGACCGAAAGAGCUUCGGCGGGAAGCCAGGGCCUGACGAGCAGAAGGCCUGGCUGGCCGAAGUCGAUGAGGCGUACUUCUCUGCCGAGGAACCAGAUUCGGUACCCGAUACCGUCGCCGAAACGGCCGACGGUCCUUCUUCGAUAAAGCUUGUUGCUGGCAUUUCUCCUUCGCAGAUUCGAGAUACCCUGGCGCAUUGGUCGGACAUAACGGGCAUAAAGGUCGAUAGAUUGGUAUACACGAGCUAUCGGGAGGUCGUGAGCGACGUGGGCAAGCAGAUCAGCGACACUGAGCGGGUGGUCCAGCUGGCGGGGAAGAUAGGCGGCGGUUGGUAGUGGGUAGUUGUCUUUCCAUUGCAUAGCGGCGGUAGAGAAUCAACCAUGCUCGCCUCUUCGUCUGGCGAAACCGAACCCUCCCCUUCCACUGCCGUCAGGACCCCUAGGCGCGCGUAUA